CUGUGAGAGAAAACCUAGACAACAGGAAGGAAUCCCCAAUCCCCAUUCCAAAUCGAGGAUCCAUGGAGUGGCCGUCCAGCGGGUCGUCCGCCAAUUCCUCAGGCUCCAGUGGUGGGUCGUCUUCGAGCCGGUCGGCGGCGCCGGCGAGGACGAGGACGAGGAGGCCGGGGACAUGGAGGAGGCUCCCGCGCGUUGCGCCGCCCCCGACCCGGGCCAUGGAGAUCAGGGAGGCGUUGGGGACCAUAACGCCCGAGGAGUUGCAGCGGCAGUACCGGCAGAAAGCCGACGAGCUGGAGAAGAUGGACGCCAGCGGGUGCGACACGGCGGAAGCCAAAAUCGCCUUCAAGGACUUCAAGGAGGAGAAUCUCCGCUUGUACCGCUGGCUCGCCAAGGGCUGGCCGGAGCAUAUAGUCGUCAGCCGCACCAAGCACUUCAGCGACACACAGGAGGAGUACCUGACCGCUGAGGACAUGGAGGCACGCUUUGCUCAUCGUGACCCCACUUUGCUUCACCUCAAGCAACUAGAACACUUUGCUCACCUAGCCUUGUCGCAUUACAAUGCCAGAAGGACCGAGCCCAAGUUUGAUAUUGCUCAAGCCUUGACGUCUAACUGCUUCUCUGAGGCGUGCGGGACGACAUAUGCUCAUGUCAACUUCACUGCCACUCCCCGGAACAGUGAUGACCCUACAAAGAGGCUGUUCUUUGCUGAGCUCAUGCUCAUUCCAAGGCUCCAGCUGCAGGAAGAUACCGAGCCUAUGCGUGUGCUGCAUGUCUCGACCGUUGAUGAUGUUCCCUGUUUUGGUGGAUGCCAUGAGAUAUAUCGGAAGAUCAACCACAGGAUGAGGGGCAACAUGGAUUACGAGCGCUGCCAUGCGUGUCACAGCAUUCUGAAGCAUCCAAAAGGAGAUCUCUUCAUCGGAGGGCAUGAUAGCACGAGGAUGCCUUACUACUCUGCAACCUGAAAUCUGAAUUGGUACUCCCUCCGUCUGAAAAAGCUUGUCCGAGAAACAAGCUUGGGACAAGUUUUUUCGGGCAGAGGAAGUACCAAUUUGGAGGUUACCCCUAUAAUAAAAAAAAAACAAUUUGGAGGUUGAAAUCACCAUCACGUGUCAUGUGAUGAUAAAUUACUGUCAUGUAUGUCGUGAAUUAGUACAACAUUGAAAAUUGUCGUGAUGUGUGAUGUUUGCACACUUGGAUUUAGAGGGUUAAAAUAACUGUUAUGUGAUGGCAGAGAUUAUUGGCAUCUGAUAUCUGAAUGCUUACUCGUUCAACUAUUA